AUGCGUCGUGACCUUUUUAUGCGCAUUCAUGAUGCAAUAAUAUCUCAUGACAGAUAUUUUGUCCAACGAAGAAAUGCUGCUAAAAAGCUCGGACAUUCAUCUCUACAGAAGAUGACUAUUGCAAUUAGGAUGCUCGCUUAUGGAGUAACAACAGAUUUUAUGAAUGAAUACUUACGGAUUGGAGAAAGGACCGCAAUGGAUAGCUUUAUAUGGUUUGUUAAAGCGGUAGUUUCAAUUUUUUCUGCCGAGUACUUAAGGUCGCCAAACCCAGAAGACAUUGCUAGAUUGCUAGCAAUUGGCGAAAGCCGUGGAUUUCCCGGAAUGCUGGGAAGCAUCAAUUGCAUGCAUUGGAAGUGGAAGAAUUGUCCAAAUGCUUGGAGAGGGUCUCAUAAUGAUAUCAAUGUAUUAGAACGGUCUAACGUAUUUGCCAAUCUAGCUGAAGGGCGUGCUCCUCCAGUCAACUACUCAGUCAAUGGUCAUGAUUAUACAAUAAGAUACUAUCUUGCCGAUGGUAUAUAUCCUUCGUGGGCAACAUUCGUAAAGACAAUUCAUGCUCCACAAGGAAAUAAGAGAAAAAAUUUUGCUGCAGCUCAAGAGUCAGCAAGAAAGGAUGUGGAGCGAGCAUUUGGAGUGCUUCAAGCAUAA